GCGGAACAAAGGAACCAAACAUGUCCAAGGAGUCGUACUCAAAGAAUCUUCAGGAGUGCAUUGACCUAAUCAAGGAGAUGACUACUAUCAUCGACCCCUCUGACGACUACCUCACCAUAACGGCCGCCGAAGAGCAAAUGAAAGUCAACUAUGCCAAAGGGAAACGCGAGAUUGACGACGCGUACUCGAACCUGAAGUCGCUUUCAAGGGUGCUAGAAGCCGCACGCAAGUCGUCCACCCGCCCGCCCGGCGUACCCACCGCUGGACAACAUGCGGCAUAUCUGGAUGAGAUGGAGGUUUCACGUAUGUCGCUGGCAAAGGCCAUUCGCGACGCGGAAAGCACGCUGGCUGCCAAAGAAGCCGAGCUGACUGCUUUGAAGGAGGAAUCCACCCGACUGGAAAGGUCCGAUCCUGCUCGAGAUCAUCAGCUUGAACUCGACGGCACAGCACUACGGUUGCAGAUAUAUCGUGGUCUCGGCUUUGAGCCGGUUCUUGCGGACGGCAUAGUCAAGAAAAUGAUCAUACGUUCCGAGUCUGGAGACAUCAAUAGCAUCCCCUUGAACAGCAAAUCCUUUGAGAAUGAGCAGGCAAAUCAGUUAUGGAAGUUCGCUUCAUCAUGACUCUUGACUACGAUCGUAAUGUAGCACUAGAAUUGUAGCUUUAGAUAUGGAGUAAUAGUGAUUGGUAUAAAAACCAAGGGACGGCUCGAGGGCUAAAUGGACUG